AUGCGCAGCGCGGUGGCAUUGCGCCAUGAAGCGCUGCACUUGCUGCUGCUGGGCGUGACUCUGGGCCUCCCGGUGACACAGCUGCCACAGCUGCAGCAGGCAACCUUCCACCAGCCCUUUCUGGUUGCAGGCUUUUUGGUCAGCAUCAAAGGUGUGCUCAACACACUGCUCGCACCUGCCUUGGGUGCCCUGGUGGACAAAGGUGGCCACUUCAAAUUCUGGCUGGUGCUCUCGCUGGCCAUCCCUUGCGCACCUUUCCUGGCCAUCCUCACACAGGGCGAGCCGGGCGCGCAGGUCUGGGCCUUCAGCCUGGUGGACACCUUCCUGGGCCUCAGCGGCCCGGCCAUGUCCCUGUGCUUCGCCGUGGUGCCCGCACGCACCCCGGAGAGGCUCACGGAAGGCUACUCUUUGCUGAACUUCGCCCUGAGCAGCGGCGUGGGCGUCGGCGCCGCCUGCGGGGCCGCGGUGUCCCUGUCUGGCCUGGGCUGUGUGGGGCUGGCGCUGGGCUCGCUCAACGCGCUGCUGGCGCUGCUCAAUUCGCCCCCGAGGAGAUGCUCCACGUCACUCCCGGCGCUGGAAGUCCUCAAGGAGAGCUCAACGCUGAAACUGCUGGCGCUGGUGGUGUUCCUCGACUUCUUGGCCGAGCAGAUGCUUGUGUCCUUGCUGCUUCUGUACUUGGAGUCCCGGUUCCACCUGUCGCCUUGGCAGCUGGCGUGUGAGCUGGGACUGGUGGGGGCCAGCGCUUCGGUGUCGCUGCUGGCGCUGGUGCCCCGUCUGCAGCCGCGGCUCGGGGACUUGGCGCUGAUGCGCCUGGGCAUGGUGGCGAACUGUGUUUCUGUAGCCCUCUUUGGCAUCAUCUGGGCUCCAUGGCAGGCCUUGCUGCCUCCGCUGGGCUGCUUCCUGGCCUUCGCUGUGUUCCCCACGGCCAACGCCUUGGCUGCCGCCGCGGCGCCUCAGAGCGGCGCCUUAGCCCAAGGCGUCAUCUCCGGCGCCCGGACGUUGGCGGAGGGUCUUGCCCCAGUGCUCUUCGGGGGACUCUUCCAAGUGGCAGCGCGCAGUGCCUGGCCAGGCUGGCCUUUCUUCGUGGCUGCCGGCUGUGUGGCGCUGGGCACGGCGAUCUCCUGGCAGCUGCCGGAGUCGCGGGACAAUCUCCUGCCGGCGCACGGGAUGCAUCCGGUGCACGCGAUGCACGGAAUGCGAGUCGCUUCACGCCGGUGGAGAGUCGGGACUCGUCCAGCCCGACAUUUCCGCGUCCAUCUUGUGCUCCCUGAAGCAGUGGCAGCCCUUGUCCGCAAGCGCAGAAGCCGGUGA